AUGGAUACGGUGGCUGUUCAAAUGGCCUGUAUGGCCGAUCUGGGACGUCAACGUCAAGAUGAACUUCCCUUGAGUAACAAGGAACGGAAAGGCCCGUCUUUCGCACCAAGCAAGAGAAAUGUCCACAUUGAAGAUGAGGAAUCGGAACAGAUGAGAGGUCUCAGCGUUCAGGAUAGUCGGCCCUGGGCCAAAAAGAUUACCCAAGAUUUUAUCAACCUCCAUCAACGGGAUUCUGCACCGCCAUGCAUUCGGCAAGAAUCUCGAGGACAUAAACGAGCCAAGAGGAAUGAUCCCAAUAAUAUACCCAUCUCUAGCCUUGGCGGUCUCAUACCUGCUGGUGGAGCAGUGAAGAACUUCACAUCGUCCAAGCAGAGCGCGAUAACGCCAAGUACCAGCAACACGAGCCAGCGUUCACAGUUAGGUGGCAGUGUUAACAGUUUGCAGAAACCCUUGUCAGAACACAAUACUUCAAUGAUCUCUGCGACUUCCAUCAAACCAAACAAUGGAGCUCAGUCUUCUGGCGGUUCAUCAGCUGCAUCACAGCACGCUACGGUGAAUCUUGCUAUCCGGUCCAAACCAAAGCAGGCGGAAGAUGUUGUGGUUCUACAAGGCAUUUGCAAGCUGCUGAAUCCCCAGAACCGAUCCGUCCUCUUUGCAGUCACAUAUGCGGUCAAGCUCAGAAACGAUACAGAGAAUGGAUACCUCUGCCUUUCUGCUCCAGAAAAAGGGGACAAAGUUCAUAACGUCCUGGACCUAACGGCGCCCGACAGAAAAGAUGACUGCUGUCGGGUUUGCUCAAAGUCGACGGCAAAUGGCUUUGCGUAUAUCCUGCAAUUUGCCAAUACUUCCGACGCUCACAAAUUUAAGGUUUAUCUCGAAAGUCUUCAACAGGCUGCGGCCCGCGAUGCCGUUCCAGAGGAAAGCCAGAACAAGGUUGAUAUAGCGUCAGCUCAAACGACGCAAGAAUCAAGGGCGUCAGGCACCUCUCCAGCUCCAGCUCUGAAUAGGUCUGCAACCGACAAUUCUCCCUCUACCGUUGAAACACCUGCCAAGCAGACCAGCCCUGCGGCAGCUGCCGGUACUACGAAACUUGUGGACAUUGAUUCUCCUCCCCAAAAUGCACCAGGGGAAAGGGAACUUAUCAUUGAAGACGCAGCUGAGAAGCUAGUUAAGCUCAUUGACCAAAUUCUUCCCGAGGCAGCCAAGGCCGGGAUACUCGUGUCGGAUGACACAGUCGCCGACAUCGAGGAUACCACAAUUGAAGAUUGGCUAGACAGAGGCUUUCUCCAAUGUGAGACAGAUGAUAUGAAAGCAGACCUACUCAACCUCCUCCGCAUUCUCGUGCGUCUCAAGCGCAAGGCGGAGUCUCGAAAACGGGUACUGCCGGCUAGUAACUCUCUUCAGGAAUAUGACAAUAAGCCUCAUUCAGAUCGCAUUACUUAUACUGCACCGGAACUCGUCAAGAUAGCUAGCUCUCAGGAUGCUCGGGCAACGAACAAGCCGGACACACCACGCAUCGUGUAUACUACUGCAGAGAUUGAGAGCGUUGCAGCCAGCAGGGCGAUUCCCCAGGCGGCUGUUGAUGCCAACCUCAUCACACCACGUCGAACUUCUACGAUCCGUGGCUGUUCUACAGAAGAUGCCAUGGCAGAUAUUUCGAAACACAAGGACUGGCUAAGCGGAAAGCCAUAUCAAGUUGCGACUCCGCCAGAGUCAGCGGGAAAGUUGAGCAAUGUCGAGGCAAAGCCUAUGACAAAACUAAUGGCUGAUGCAUCACCUCAGUCAUCUUUGUCUCCUGGAGGUUUGGCAACAUCACGAUAG